GAUUAAAAUCAUUAUGCCCCGCCCCCUGCAGGUCCAGGAGCGCGUGCAGAAGGAGCUGGACGAACACGUGGGCGAGCGAGCCGUUUGCGUGUCGGACCGCGGCCGGCUGCCGUACCUGGACUGUGUCAUCAACGAGGGCAUGAGGAUCCGCCCGGUCAGCCCCGUGCUGAUCCCGCACACCGCCAUGACGGACAGCAGUAUUGGCGGUCACUCUGUCCGCCGUGGGACUCGUGUUUUGGUCAACAUGUGGUCGAUUCACCACGACCCCGAACACUGGGACAAACCCGACCUGUUCAACCCAGAUCGUUUCCUUGACGACCGGGGCCAGCGGGUCACGCCCUCCUGCUUCCUGCCGUUCGGGGCGGGGCCUCGGGUCUGCGUUGGCGAGUCGUUGGCGCGGCUGGAGCUCUUCCUCUUCCUGUCGUCUCUGCUGCAGCGAAUGAGCUUCAAGCUGCCUGACGGGGCUCCCCCGCCCAACCUGCAGGGGCGACUGGGCGUGGUCCUGCAGCCGCUGCCUUAUAAGGUCGUGGUCACUCCGAGGGCGGGCUGGGAGGGCGGGGCAAUGUGA